GCAAAAGACCGUGGUGGUGGUGGUGGUGGUGGCGGCAUGAGCCUCAUGCGCAAGUUCACAAGUAGCAGUAAAAAGAAAAGUAAAUCUCCACCUCCCUCUUAUUCAAUGGACAACCCAGUAUUUGAGGAUUCUUCUGUGUGUGCUAAUGUGCAGCAUGUUCAUGCUAGAUCAGGUUCAUGCCCGGGCACACUGGUAGGUGGGGGUGCAGGUGGUGUUUUGGUAACAACUUUAGGCUUUGGUCCUAACUCUCGCCUUCGUGCUAUUGGGGGUUCCUGCCGUGUUCCAUCUCGUGAUCGACCUAAUCUCAUCCUCUCCAAUCUCAUGUUGCGGACGAGGACUGGUAGUAACCCAGACACAAGUGAGAUGGAUGAGAAGCCUCAUUCUUCACCAUCAUCAUCCUCUCCACCUUCCAUCCAAACUGCAGCAGAUGUCUCUCUUGAUACUCUCAGACGUAAAAAGCAACCAGCGCCUCUUGUACGAGAAAGGUAUGUACAAGUCGAGCACGUCUGAUCUCUUGCCUUCAGUAGGUUUAUACACAUGAUCUGUCUUUUAUUUUUGAACAUACUGGCUGUCUCCCACCAAAGUACGGGUGACCUGAGAAAGAAGAAACCUUUACUAUCACAGUUUUGCCAGAUUUGCACCAAUACCACAGUUCCGAUGCCCCUCCAAACUGCAAAAUCCCCACCCCUCCUUCAGAGUGUAAGCACUCUACUUCCAAUCUCCAUCUCAUAAAAGCCACUUUCCACUCAAUUCUAUCUAACACACUCACACAUACCUGUUAGAUAUCCAAGUUCCUUGCUUACAAUGUAGAUAAAAUAAAGAAUUUUAUUUCUUUGCCAUGUUUAUAAUAUUUGAUUAAUAUUUUGAUUUGUUAAGUACAAAGAGAGCCACUAUCAUGCCAGGGGUAUUUCGGGAGGACUGAACUUGAUGCUUACAGACUACAUAAUACUAAUGUUUUUGAGAAGAGUAAAUUUUUAUUAUACAUCAUUUUUUCUUAUUACAAUAGAGGUAACUAGCUGUUUACAGUAAUUAAAUUUAUAGUUGAGAUGAAGUACAGUGGACACUCGCCUAACGAUAUUAAUCCAUUCCCGAGAGUUCAUCGUUAGCCAAAAUUAUUGUUAGCCAAAUUAAUUUUCCCCAUAAGAAAUAAUAGAAAUAAAAUUAAUCCGUUCCUGACACCCCAAUGUAUGAAAAAAAAAUUUUACCACAUGAAAUAUUCAUUUUUAUACACCCAAAAAGAAGAAGACAUGCACAAUUACUACUCUACUAA